AUGACUACCCAGUUUGUGACAGCCAGUGACGGAAUUAAAUUGAAUGUGACCACGUGGGGCAAUGCUGACAAAGUGCCAGUGGUCCUUGUUCAUGGGUAUCCGGACAGCCAUAUGGUCUGGCUUCCUUUGAUUGCUGAAUUAGAGGACAAUUACUACGUGAUUGCGUACGAUGUUCGAGGUCAUGGAAAAUCCGAGGUUCCAAAGGCUGUUAAAGACUAUAAAUUAGAUCAAUUGGCCCGUGAUUUGAAAGCGGUGGUCGAUACAUUGAUUCCGGACCAGAAGUUUCAUCUUGUUGGCCAUGACUGGGGAUCUGUUCAGAGCUGGCAUUCCGUGACGACCGAUCCUUUAAAAGGCCGAAUUGCCUCGUAUACCAGUAUUUCCGGGCCAUCAUUAGACCAUACGUCGUUUUGGAUCAAAGACAGUAUUCGCAGUUUAUCAUGGGCACGAAUUCGUAAUGUGUUUUUGCAAUGGAAAGCCAGCUGGUAUAUUCUGGUGUUCCAGAUCCCGUAUGUGGCCGAAUGGUUCUGGAAGAGACUGAUGUAUCCCAAUUUCCAAAAACAUCUCGAGAAGAACGAAGGUGUGGCUCUUUCAGCAUCACCUACCCGGUUCCAAGACGGACUCAACGGCCUGAGUCUGUACCGAGCCAAUAUUUUAUCCCGACGUCCACGACCCACUCGUGAACUGUAUGCCCAUUGUCCCGUACAAGUGGUGGUGCUGACCAAAGACCGUUACAUCACACAACCCAUGCUGGAAACGCUGCCGAAAUGGGUCAACCACCUCUACCGUCGCGAGCUCGACGAAAAGCACUGGGCCAUCCUCGUGCAACCCAAAGUCGUGGCAGGAUACAUCGACGAGUUCGUGGCAGCCGUCGACAGCAACCGUCUAGACACCCUCAACAGCCUCAAGUGGAAUUAA